AUGUUGAGAUUGCUUAUGAGAAUUCUCGAAAGUACUAUGGGGGAUUUCCCGUGUUGGGUCGAGACCCCUCCCUCCCUCUUCCCCCAUUUGAAUAUUACGUGUCUUCCCACUCACCCCAAUUCAUCUCCCUCCAACUCACCCCAUUCUUUCUCCCAUUCCCUCUAUUUCCUCUCCUUCUCAACCUAUGCCUCUCCCUCUCACCCCAUUGCCUCUCCCUCUCACCCCAUUGCCUCUCCCUCUCACCCCAUUGCCUCUCCCUCUCACCCCAUUGCCUCUCCUUCUCACCCCAUUGCCUCUCCCUCUCACCCCAUUGCCUCUCCCUCUCACCCCAUUGCCUCUCCUUCUCACCCCAUUGCCUCUCCCUCUCACCCCAUUGCCUCUCCCUCUCACCCUUUGCCUCUCCUUCUCACCCCAUUGCCUCUCCUUCUCACCCCAUUGCCUCUCCUUCUCACCCCAUUGCCUCUCCCUCUCACCCCAUUGCCUCUCCCUCUCACCCCAUUGCCUCUCCCUCUCACCCCAUUGCCUCUCCCUCUCACCCCAUUGCCUCUCCCUCUCACCCCAUUGCCUCUCCCUCGCACCCCAUUGCCUCUCCCUCUCACCCCAUUGCCUCUCCCUCUCACCCCAUUGCCUCUCCCUCUCACCCCAUUGCCUCUCCCUCUCACCCCAUUGCCUCUCCCUCUCACCCCAUUGCCUCUCCCUCUCACCCCAUUGCCUCUCCCUCUCACCCCAUUGCCUCUCCCUCUCACCCCAUUGCCUCUCCCUCUCACCCCAUUGCCUCUCCCUCUCACCCCAUUGCCUCUCCCUCUCACCCCAUUGCCUCUCCCUCUCACCCCAUUGCCUCUCCCUCUCACCCCAUUGCCUCUCCCUCUCACCCCAUUGCCUCUCCCUCUCACCCCAUUGCCUCUCCCUCUCACCCUUUGCCUCUCCCUCUCACCCCAUUGCCUCUCCCUCUCACCCCAUUGCCUCUCCCUCUCACCCCAUUGCCUCUCCCUCUCACCCUUUGCCAUUUCUCGCUCUCCCGUUUUCAGGGGUUCAAGAUGGCUGUUAUCGCCGACCCUAGCAACGGGCUGA